CCUCCUCCUCCUGUCUUAGAUGGUCUCACCUGUCUCUCUUCCUCUCGACACUCUCUUAAUAGAGCUGUAAGCAUGAGCUCCGGUCCUGCUCCUCCCCCUCUCCUACCCCCUCCUGGGGCCUUCACCACUGCUGUUCAAGGCUCAGCUGGCUUCACUGUGUCUGGGACUCCAACCUUUGCCCCAACCCCUAUGUCUUCUCCCACACCCCUAAAAAAAAAGGGGAAAAGGGGAAAUGAAAGCUGUCCCUAUUGCCUCAGGAUAACACUCUAGCGUACAGAGACCCAGUGCACAGGCCCCAGACCGUACCCCUGUCUCUGUUCCUUCUCCUACUCGUCAAGGCUCAGUUCAAGUUUGGCCGUGCCCCUUUUUCUUCUCCUGCGCCUAUGUCUUCUCCCAUCCCUGAAAGAAAAAGGGAAAUGAAAGCUGUCCCUCUUGCCUGUGGAGAGCACUCUGUCAUACAGAGACUAAGUGCACAGGCCCCAGACACAGUGCACCUUCCCCGUCUCUGCUCCUACUCCAAGCCUAGCCCCUUCAGGUGUUGCCUCCCGUCGCUUGGCAUCUGAGGCACGCUCAGUUGAUGUCACGAGAUCCACUCUGCCUCCUCCCGUUGAUCGUGCCAGUAAAAGAGUUAGCAAGGGCUAUGAGGCUCCUCGUCCCCAAACCUCUAGGCACCUCUCUGCUCCUGCCUUGAACUCCUUCUCACUGCCGCUUGGUGGCCGUGCUGUUUCCUCCACCCAGUCAGUUUCAGACCGCCCCCCUGCUGCCUCGGAUGUCAUGUCGGCUCCUUUACCUCCUCUACCCCUACGUAAAUGCUGUCCGCUCCUUGCUCCUGUUUUCUAUGGGGCUGCUUAUUCUGCCCCACCUGUCACUGCAGGCGAUGGUGAUGAUUCUGACUAUAUUGACAUUCUCAGGGCUCCUCUCCUGUCUAUAAGGCUCAAGCAUUGCCCUCAGACCACCCCCCUUGCUCCCUCUCCUCUGCUCCCUCCUCCUGUUGUCCAUUGGGGUGCUCAGCCUGUCCUGGCUCAGAGACACAGAAGUGCUGCUCUGGGGAGCCCCCUCAGAAGAACCAGAGGUCGGGCCUAUCCCUCUAACAUGGUCUUGGAGAAAGGCUCUGGGAUGUCUGUCCCUCUGCUCCCACCAGUAGAAGCCCAAGAACAUGGUUCCCCUUUUACCACUGGUCCCGGUAUCCCGAGUCCAGAAACGCUGAUUGCUGAGAAGGAAGAGCCAAUGCUUACAGGAUGUGAGAUCACAUAUUGAGAUCAAACCCAGUGCAUCAUGGGAACAGUUGGCAUGUCUUCAGAGCCCAGGGGUUACUGGGAAUGCACAGAGGAAGUGGGAUUGCUCCUGGGUGUGGAUCUGAACUUCUUUGCCAACGUUUUCCUGAAAGAAAAAGGCAUCUCAUCUGUGGGCCCCAAGGCCCAGGAUGAUAUCCUGAGGCUGGUGUCCACCCUGCUGGUCCUGCAGCUGGUGCGUGUCAGGAAGCUGGUCCAGGGAGAGCUGCUGCAGUCUCUGUUCCGCCUCAGAGACCCUCCUCAACACAGCUCUUCUGAGUGGGAGGCCCUGAAGCAGGCGGUGGACUGGGUACGCUGGGCAGACAGGCAGUACCCGUGCGUGUGCAGCCGGCUGCAGUUCGGCCGCGACUGGGAGUCGUCCACACAACAGCUACUGGGAUUCGACCGCCCGCACCCCCUCUCUCCCUUCAACCCUCUGCUGGAAAGGAGCAGAACCAUACUAGCCUGCUAGAAACAAACACACACACCACACUUCCAUACUGGCCUGCUAGAAACACACACACACACACACACACACACACACACACACACACACACACACACUAGGGAAAUGCCAAUAUCCAAUAUUCCCAUAAACAGUUAAAUAUAAUUAACAGACAAUUAAAUAGACCAACUCCUCAAAGAUAUCUACACAAUAUAUACACACUUAUUAUCAAAUAUAUACAUAAUUAGCAUCAUCAAAAAUCUAACAUGAGCAAAGAGUUUUCGGACCUCAACAUGACCUAAACUAAAGCUACUUUGUCUAGGGUAUGUUGAUAGCUGACCUCGGACCUCAACAUAACCUAAAAGAAAAGCUAGAACUAACCUACACACUGGCCCUACGUGAUGUAAAGACGUGAAAGUAGAACCUACCGUGUGUGGGUGCAAUGUGUGUUGUGUCAGCUUUGGCAGAGCUCUAGUGAGAGGUCACUUACCUGUGGCUCUCGCUGACCCGGUGUAUCUCUCUCCCAACGCAAUUACGAACAGCCCAAAUGUUGGUUCCUAAUAGGUUCAGUUUUGGUGUGUGGUGGUUUAAAAUCCAAAGGAAAAAAAUGAGACGGGUCCAAGUUUGUCAGGCAAACGCCCAUGAGGGACCACAGGCCCCUAGUCCUUUCCGAAGGCCUGGAAACUAAUUGUGAGCCCCAGGACUUAGGACAGGUGUCCAAUUUAACCUAAUUAGCCACAGGUAGUGACAUCACUGAAGCCCCGCCUGUAAGUCAAAAAACACCACCAACA